UGGAAAAUAUGUGCACAUUUUCAAACGGCCUCUUAAGAAAUUUUUGAUCUUACAAUAUGCAUAUAUUUACUACUAUUGGAUAGAAAACAGUCCCUAGUUUCUAAAAACGUUUGAAUUAUUUCUCUAAGUGGAACAGAACUAUUUUUACAGUCCAUUUCCUAUCCGGAAUUGAGAUUUCCAAAUGCGAUGUGUCUCUUUAAGAGCGUGUCUAUAAAAGGUCCUGUCACUUAGGACCGUAGAAACACGUCAUACGCCUUCAUCUGGGUGUAAUGCGGAAGUGAGAGAAGAAAGCAGUUGAAUAUCUCUUCCAGGGGCUGAACACAACAUCUUUGAGUGAGACCUGCGCACUUCAAAAAUAAUUCUGGGCACGAUUUAGAAAAUGGACUCCGCUCAUGGAAGACGCUCGGUAACGCAACAAUCCUAUUGUCCUCGGACCAGACAAUGCAAAUCUUCCCAAGAUAUUCCAGAUCAUCGCUGAAGGGGUCACCAACGAGUCGGUCAAGACUGAGGACGAGAUUGGCAAAUGUCAUCUGUCAAGUGCAGAACAAAUCACUUCAAACCACAACUGCAAUACAGUCAACAGAAAAGAAUCCCAUAGCUGCAGGAUCCAUGUUGGAACGGAGAGUGACACCCAAGAUGAAGUACUACACAGUUGAGACUGGCAAUACUUUGGAUUCUCAUAUUCAGUUUAUGAGACGACUCAACAACACCACAAGAUGUUUUACGGAAGUCGAGUCGCCAGUGGAGAGUGAUGUCAUCAUGGCUUUCUGUCCCAUCGUCUCCCGCGCCGGGACUGAUAUUGAUGCAGCACUGCCACAGAUUCCAACUGGUAAAGAUGUCAUUAUGGUAGUACUGCAUCACACCUUCAACCCAGACUACACUGUACCUGACAGCAGCAGACUAGUGACCAGAAGUGAUGUAAUACUCACAGUGGACUGUCUGUUCCAUGAGAGCCAGGGAGGACUACUGAACUGUCCUCACAAUGAUGCAGCAAUCAGCAGGGUUUUGAACAGACUGAACAUACAGCCAAAGAUUGGAGCUGAAGAACGGAUCAGAAUCCCUGAGCAGGGUAACAGUCUGACCAGACAUCUUGCCGUUCCAGCUGGGUUUCUGAUCUAUGUAAUGGUGUUGUGGCACAAUUUGAGAUCCACGUUGGAACGGAGAGUGACACACAAUAUGAAGUACUACACAGUUGAGACUGGCAAUACUUUGGAUUCUCAUAUUCAGUUUAUGAGACGACUCAACAACACCACAAGAUGUUUUACGGAAGUCGAGUCGCCAGUGGAGAGUGAUGUCAUCAUGGCUUUCUGUCCCAUCGUCUCCCGCGCCGGGACUGAUAUUGAAGCAGCACUGCAACAGAUUCCAACUGGUAAAUAUGUCAUUCUGGUAGUGCUGCAUCACACCUUCAACCCAGACUACACUAUACCUGACAACAGCAGACUAGUGACCAGAAGUGAUGUAAUACUCACAGUGGACUGUCUGUUCCAUGAGAGCCAGAGAGGACUACUGGAGUGUCCUCACAAUGAUGCAGCAGUCAAACAGAUUAGGCAGAAGCUUGACAUGACCAGAAGCCGUGGCUUUCUAGCUUGGAUUCUAAACGUUGACAUGACCAGAAGUCUUGGCUCUCUAGCUAGGAUUCUAAACAUUGUCAUGAUCCACGUCCCUCUUCAAGACCUCGUUCCAGAAGUGAUUAAAGCAGUUCCACUUUUGUACCAACAAUGAAGACAUGCUAAUUCUUUUUACGGAUUACAUCUUUAAUUUCAUGGCUUACUUAAGAAAAUGUCUUUACUUUUGAUGUUAAGAGCACUUGCAGUUGUAAUGUAUAGAAAUUGGGGCCGAUAUUACAAAUGUUCAUAAAAAUGAAUUGAAAAUAAUAAAGAAGAAACAGGAUCUGUGGAA